UUAGUUCCGACUGGGGCAAUUUUAUUGGUAAAAUGCGCACUGCUAACAAAAAAAUAUACCCAUGGGCAGGAAAAUGUUUACUGGGUAAUUGCGGAGAUUGUUUCCAUAGAAAACUUUCGAGAAUGGUGCUACCUUAGUUGCCCAACAUGCCACAAAAAAUUGAAGCCAGAAGAAGAAAGGUUUAGGUGUAUUACUUGCAGCAUGACUCUGGCGGAAGGAGUUUACCGCUACAAAGUAAGUGUGUGUAUUAUGGACAACACUGGGCAUGGAAACUUCAUCAUAUGGGACAGGGAAUGUAUAGAAAUACUGGGUAAAACUGCUGCAAGCCUUAAAGCAGAGGUUGAGAAGAAAACUGGGGAUGCAAGUCACUUUCCUGAAGACAUCGAAAGCUUGGUCGAACAACGAGGAAUUUUCAAAAUACAGCUAAGGAAGAAGAAAGCUGAGGAAAAUGCCUACAACGAUGGAAUUUCCCUAGGGGUGGUUAGCAUCAUACGAGAUCCGAAUGUUCUUGCAUUGUAUGAGCAGAAGGUGAACAUGGAGACUAAUGAAAGUGAUGAGUGUACAC